AUGUCUUCACUUAAAUUACGAGCAAAUGAAACUGAUACAGAUAAAGUGUCAUUAUUCAAGCCAGAAACGCUAACAACACCAGAACUUGAAGAAAAACUACGACAAUUGAAAGAUCCAGACCACCCACCCAUUGAAUUUCGUAUUCAUAGUAAUUUGACUGUCAUCAGUAAAAUUGUUGACGAUUUCGAUUGCUUCUUAACUCGUAAUGGUGGCCAUUGCUGGAUUUUUUCUACUCGUGGCCUAUGUACUGUUGCACAAGAUGAACUUAUUUUUAUAUUUAAUGAAAAUAUUAAUAGUGCCAAUGAUAUAAUUUCUGAUCUUCUUAUUCAUAUUCAUCAAAUAUAUAUUGAUGCAACAAAAGGUACAUUUGUUCGUCAUUUGGGUUUGUCACUCUUAUCAAAUUCUUCGGUAUUUCUUGGUUCAUCAACUGCUAUGGGAUUUCUUUACGUAUCUGAUCCUACAUCACAAUAUAAUUUAUUUCCUGAAGCACCGUAUGCUUUUGGUAUUCUAAUUCAUCGAUUGGAAUUACCUACGGCUCAAUGUUUCCCAAUGAGACUUCUCCUUCGAUUAGGCUAUGAAUAUCAAAACUACCCAUGGCCAUUAUUUAGUGUUUGCGAUCGAGAUUCAAUGUUUAGUGAUACUCAACAUACAAUAAUGAGUUUACUCUGUGAUUUUCGUUCAUUUACUUAUGUAUUACCUAUAAUACGUAGUUUAACAAUUUCAGUUGGUAUUCAAGGUUCUGUAUCGAUACGUAUUCCACGCAAUCGCCAUGAUGAUAUAUUGAAAGCACUUGAGCAAAGUAGCCCACAUGCACUAAGUUUUGGUAUAAUGAGUGUCAAUCGUGAAAUACAUUCAAAACAUCUUGUUACAAUACAAAACGCUACUGAUCAACAGUAUGAAACACGUCUAUCGUCAUCCUUAAAUCCAAAUGCUGAACACAUAAGAAUCGGUGGAAAUUUUCUUGUUAUUAAUGCAAGCCUUCGUUCUCGUGAUAGUCCAUCAAGUUCACCAUUAGAUACACAAAGCAGUGGUAGCUUUUCCUUACAUAAUAAUCUUAAUGCAAAAGUAAAUGCAAUUGAAGAUGGCAUUAUGUUACAAAUCGAUGGCGAUGCACUUAAAGUACUUAAGCAAUGUUUAAAAGAAAGAAAAGACUAUGCUAUACUAGCGAAAGCGCGAUCAAUUGCUGUUGAAGAGCAACAUGAUUCAACAAAUGAAAAUGUUAUGAAAAGAAGUUCUAGUGAGCAAUUGGUAGAAUUUUUAUGGAUAGACGAUGAUAAUGAUAUUAACCGGGGAGUUCGUUCACCGAUUGAUCACUUUCCAAUGGAUGGCAUUCGUAAUUCACGAAUUCAUUAUGCUGGUCAACGUUCUUCACUAUUUCGUCUUCGUUGGACAGAUUUAUUCUUUAUUGAAUGUCUUCUAAAUAGCAAUGAAUCAUUCGACCCAACACGUCUAGCUGAUUCACUUGCUAAAGCGUUCACACAAGCAUUAACACCGUUUAUUGAUAUGCUCGUUGAAGCUAAAUAUCGUAAAUUAGGUCUACGAGUUACAAUUGAUAGAGAAAACGCUUCAUAUAUAGCCGGUUCAAAUGGUGAACAAUUACCACCAUUCUUUUUAAGUCAGCUUGAUGAUCAUAUGAUUCCCAUUGUGAUGAAGGCAUCAGACAAUGUUUCACGUUCAGCUCCAUCCCUUGUUCUUGAACUUAUAUUUUAUCUGCUUGACUAG